AUGGAAGAUUUUAACGAGUGCAUUGACAAGUGUGGUCUCUUGGAACUACCAGUUCUAGGUAGAAAAUUGUCUUGGUGCAAUGGACAUGAGGGUUUGACUAGAAGUUGGGCGUGGCUGGACAGAACACUGGUAAAUGAGGAGGUGUUACGUGACUUCCUGGAAGCAAGUAUAAAGUACAUGUCAGGAACAUCUUUUGAUCACCGCCCUAUGACUAUUAAAUUACAAAAGAAGUAUGCUUUAAAAAUUAGCGGCUUAACUGAGGUUACUAAAAAAGCUUUGAAAGUGUGGAAUAAAGAAAUUUUUGGGAGGGUCUAUAAUGUUAUUUUGGAAUUAGAAGAACGUGUGGAGGCUCUCGAUAGCAGGUUACAAGAUGCAUUUUCUAAAGAGGCAGAACAAGAAUACUUGAGUUCUAAAAUUGAAUUGGAGGAAUGGCAAAGAAGAGAGGAAAUUAGAUUAUCCCAACUGCAAAUACAUGCAGAAGCUGUGAAAUAUCUUCAGAUUGUUCUUACGAGCGAGGAAAGCAAAAUUGUGCCAGAUUUAUCUCAUAUCAUUGAGUCUACAUUUUUUGAAGAGGAAGGACAGAUGCUAUGUGCUUUGCCGGUUGAAGAGGAGGUUCGAACUACAACUCAUUCGAUACCUAUGGAUAGCGCACCUGGGCCUGAUGGAUAUGGAUUAGCUUUCUUUAUCAAGUGCUGGGAUAUUAUUAAAGGGGAUCUAGUGGAGGCAACCAAGGAGCUUUUUGAAAGAAGGGUGCUUCCUCGAUUUUAUACAUCAUCCUAUAUAGUGUUGAUCCCAAAGGUGGAGAAUCCUAGCAGUUUUGAUAAGUUUCGACCAAUCAGUCUUUGCUCUGUUGUGUACAAAAUAUUUUCGAAGAUUUUGGUGCAAAGAAUGAGUGUUAUACUUUCUAAGAUUAUUUCUCAAGAGAAAGGAGCCUUCAUCCCAAGUCGAAGUAUUUUCGAGAACAUUACACUCACUUAA